AUGACAUCGGUGGAUCUGAAAUUUGCAAUUCUCCUUCCUUUGCCAAUUGUCAUAGGAUGCUUGGGUAAUUUUUCAUUUUUGUGUCAUUCUGCAUUCCUGUACUUCAGUGACAGCAGGUCCAGGUCUACAGAUAUAAUUCUCAGACACUUAACUUUGGCCAACCUUUUGGUCCUUCUCUCCAGAGGAAUCCCAGAGACUAUGACAGCACUUGGAGUGGAAGACUUCCUUAAUAAUGUAGGAUGUAAAUUGGUUUUCUAUGUUCUAAUGGUGGGUAAGGGUGUGUCUUUCAGCACGACCUGCUUACUCAGUAUGGUCCAGGCCAUCACCAUCAGGCCCAUAACAUCCAAGUGGACAGAAGUGAAAGUGAAAGCCUUAAAGUACAUUGGGCAUUGUACUAACCUUUUGUGGUUCCUCCACAUGUUGUUAAACUUCAGAGUUCCUAUGCUUGUGAGUGGCAGAUGGAGAAGAAGAAACAUGACAAACAUUAUAGAUUAUCAAUAUUGUUCAGCUAAAAUUUCUAGCAAAGCCCAAAACUCCAUUUUCACAGCACUUUCUUUAUCACAUGACAUUUUGUGUUUGGAACUUAUGAUCUGGAGCAGUGGCUCCAUGGUUUUGAUUCUGUACAGGCACAAGCAGCAAACACAACAUAUUCACAGACACAGAAUCUCAUCAAGAUGUUCGCCUGAGACCAGAGCUUCUCAAAGCAUAAUUUUUCUGGUUUGUGCCUUUGUAUCCUCGUAUACCCUGUCUUCCAUCACACACGUUUGGUUCUCUGUUUAUGACAAAAGUGCUUGGUGGCUGGUUAAAGCUUCUUUCUUAACCAACGCUUGUUUCCCUACUGUUAGUCCCUUCAUUCUCAUGACUAAUAAAGAGUGUGUAUGCAGGUUCACAUGGAAGAAGUGA